AUGGAAAAAAGCACAAAUUCAUUGCAACAUGGGGAAAAUGUGAUAUGUGAAAAUUGUUCUAAAACAAACGUUAAUCAUAAUAGGGAUAGCACCUUCAAUGAAAUGGUAUUAAAUGAAAAGGACAAAAAUAUCAAUUACUUCAACAAAGCAAAUAAUGUUUUAAAAAAGAAAAAGAAAAGAAAUCAAAGAAAAUGUAAAAAGAACUCAAUAAAUACAACAAAAAAGGACAGUGAGGUAUAUUGUCACCAGAACAAAUCAAAAUAUAAAUUAAUAAAUUAUUUUAACAGUAUUAAGUAUAAUUUAUCUAUUAAGAGAUAUUUUAAGAUGCUUAUCUCUGUCUCGAUUUUUAACUAUUUUCCAUUAAAUUUUCGCAACAUAUCAAAUAAUGCCUAUAUGUGUGGGAAACGUUUUAAUCUUAAGGAUUCAGAAUCAUUUAAACUUUUUUUAAUUUUGUGCAAAUCGAAGGUAUUGUUUACGUACAGGUCAAACUUCCUCUUAAAAAAUAGCAAUAGAAGCAGUUUCGAUAGUAAUAGUACUGUUACAACUACCAAGAAUGAAGAUGUUCUCAAUAUGGCUAGUUAUACCACCCAGGUCAACACUGUAACUAGUACAACUACAAUUGGUACUACUGCUACUACUACUGCUACACCGAAUGAGAAUACCCAGAAUAAUGAUACUCUUUGCAAUCCUAAGGAUGAAGCAUUUAACUGUAACAUGAACAGUUACGGCACCCAGUUCAACAACACAAGGAAAGCAAUAGAACAAAUGUUGGAUCUUCAAAAUGGAAAAUACAAAAGAAGAAAAAAAAAAAGGAAAAAAAAAAAGUAUUACAAAGAAAGAGUUAUAAAUUUCACAGAUAUACCAGAACAUUUUCUAAAAAAAAUUUACUUUGAUGAAAUGGAAUAUUUUUAUAUGAAUUUUGAAAGUGUAUCAAAAUCUAACCAUCAUGGAUCAUAUUUCAAGAGAAAUAAUUACAAGUACACGAAUAAUCAUUCAUUUUGUGGAAAAAAUGAUUUAAAUAAUGCUUUUUCAGAAGAUGAAAAUAACAGAGACACCUAUUUAUAUAGUACUAAUGAUAGUAACAAAACAGUUUUAUAUGUAGAAAACUCUGGAAGUAAUUCCGAUUUUAAUAAAGGAAAUGUAAAAACUAAUGGGGAUUCUUGUAUUUCUGACGAUGAAACAGUUAAAUGCACCAAUCUGGACACUUGCACAAUUAAUGAUAAAUUGCAUCUGGACAAGCAACAAGAAGAUAUAAACAUUAGUAUGGAGAAGGAAUUUCCAAAAAGCUCAACAUCUGUGGAUUCUAAAAUGUUAACAAAUAACGAAAUAUCUGUUGAAUGUAACAUGACUUACAGAAAAACUGAUAAAAAAUGGGAAAACAAAAAAUUAAAAAGUUCACAUUUGAAGAAGGGCAAAAAUACGCUUUUACAUAACCAGAUUAUGAAAAACAAAUAUAUGAAAUAUAGAAGAAGGAAAAAAACAAAAUUUAUCACGGAAGACAACAAUACAACAUACACAUGCAUGAACGAUGUUGGGUGGGGAUGUAUGAUAAGAGUCGUUCAAAUGGUUCUAGCCAACAUAUUUGUAAAGUACAAAAUAUCUAAAAAAUAUGCUUUUUUUCACAAUAUAAAUGAUUAUGUAAUGUUUAAAAAUUAUAUGAACAAGUCGUUAAAUGAACAGUAUGAGAAUAAAGAAGAAGAUCCAACUAUUAUUAAAGAUGAGGUAAACAAAAGUACAUCCAAUGAAAAUCGCAAUGUAGAAAAAAUGGUUACUCAAAAUUGGACACAUAAAAAUUGCAGUAAUGAGGAUAUGAAGGAGUCAAAUUUUUUUAUAACGAAUAUAAAAUCUGGAUUAUCACACUGCUAUGAUAAAAAUUCGACUAUGAGCAAUAAUAGUAAUUGCGUUCCUGCCAAUAAUUUUGAAAUAUACACAAGAACAAAAAUGGAAAAUACUAAGGAAGAGGAAACAAUGAAUGAAAGCCAAUGCAUGCAUUUAUACUCAUCUGAAGGAAUCCAGAAAAUUCAUUUUAAAAAAGAACAAAAUUUAUGUCACUAUUUUAAGAAUUAUGAAAAUUUCCUAAACAUGAGUGAAGACAAUAUUCUCAGCAUGAAGAUCGACAAGGUUGAGCACAUGAAAAUCAACAAUUCCUUAAUAUAUUAUGUGUUACUACAGUUUAGAGAUAUGGAAAAUGCUAAAUAUAGUAUCCAGAAUAUCAUCUACGAAACAAUGAAGUAUAAAAAAAUUAAUAAAAAAAAUAUGGAAAACUUUCUUUAUGAAUGGUUAGGACCUACAAGCAGCGCAAUAAUAAUAUCUAAUUUAAUUAACAGAAAGAAGGUUCGUUUUUUGAAAAAAAGAAAAAAUAAAAUUCCUUUAAAUCAUAGAAAGUUUAUAAAAGUGACUGAUGAAAUAAUUAACAAAAAUGAUUCUGUCGAAAAGAAAAAAAAUGAACAACCUGACAACACCGUUAUAAAUAACACAGAUAGCUGGUUUGUGAAGAGAAAAAAAAGACAUGCAUUCUUUUCAGUAGCAUUUGAUUCUGGUAUAAUAUACAACAAUGAAGUUUUAAAAUUUUUUCAGAUUAAGCAGAAAAUAUUCGUAAUAAUAUGGAUAUGUCUAAAACUAGGGACUGAUUCUAUUAACAUAUCGAAAUAUAAACAGUCUGUACUUUCCUGUUUUGGACUAAAACAAUUUCAAGGAAUAAGUAGUGGUAAUGCACAUACCAGUGCUUACUAUUUUUAUGCAGCAAAUGAAAACGGUCUUUUUUACCUGGAUCCUCAUGUAAAAUGUCAAAAGGCUUUCACAGAUUUAAAUCAAAAUCACGAUUUCGAGUUUUUCACUGAAAAAAUAAACUUUUUACCAUGGGAAUAUUUGAAUUCAUCCCUAUCCAUGAUAUAUGUCGUUGAAUCUAAGGAGGACUAUUUCAAUUUAACCCACAAUUUGAAACUAAUUGAUCCAAGCAUAUUUGAAGUUUAUGAUGAAGAACCACAAUAUACCUUCAGGAGUGAACUAAACUUUGACACAGAUGAUUCCGGAUUGAUUUUGCUUUAA